CUCAGACCCAGAUGCGCUUCAUAGUCUUUGGUUAUGGUCAAUGCAACUAUGCAAGCAAGUUGCUGGUACAAUGAGAGAAGGUUUAAAGUGAAGGGUGUUUUGGUCAUUUGGGAGGUCCGUGAACCCAGUGGCAGCGCCUACUCCCUCCACUUUCCGUGUCUGAUCAUAGUCACAACUUUUAGGCUUCACCUUUAGAUAACUGCCACAUGAUUGUUUGAGCUAAUUUAGCAUUUGCCCCACCCCAAGAUAAAACAGGUUUCCUGUUUUCCCUGCAACAGUCUUUUGUCUCGUUUGGCUUUUGCAGGGAGAGAACGAGCAGAGCAAAAGCGGACUAAUUCAAAAAAAAAAAAAGCAAAGAAGAUCCAAAAAUCCAUGCGUCCAUAGCUUUCACAGAUUUCCCCCAUUUUUCUUUCAUUCAGGAAUACAUCCCUCUGUCUGUGUCUUGUCAUCAGGGAGAGAUGAAGGGUCUUCUUCUUCUUCUUCUUCUACCCAUUUGGACUUCUUGCCUUCUUCUGCUUUCAGUCCUCAGUAAUGCCAGGCCGGUGCCUUUGAUUUCCACUAUUUCUGCACCUGCGUUGUCCCCUGAACACGAACCCGUUUCUCCAAUUUCUGCGACGACGGCGGCAAUUUCUCCAGGGAUGCAAGAGGUAAGAGCAGAACAACGUCAUCACUCAGACAAGAAAUUGCUUAUACCACUAAUCUUUACAUCCUCCGCCUUGGGUAUAAUCAUGCUAUCUUUCCUUUUCCUCUGGGUUUACCGAUUGAAAAGCUCAAGCAACUCUGUUCAGAAGAGCUUGCAGAACUCGGGUCCUAUUUUGGGUAGAUUAAAUUCCUUGAGGAUGACUACUACUAAGAACGGAUCCGUUUCUGUAAUUGAGUAUCGAUUGUUGGAAGCUGCCACCAACAACUUCCGUGAGAGUAAUAUUUUGGGCGAGGGUGGCUUUGGACGUGUUUACAAGGCUCGGUUUGAUGACAACCGCCUUGCUGCCGUAAAGAAACUAGAGAGUGGUGGGCAGGAUGCUGAAAAAGAGUUCGAGAAUGAGGUGGAUUUACUCAGCUGCAUCCGGCAUCCAAAUAUAAUUUCUCUUAUGGGCCAUUGCAUUCACAAACAAACAAGAUUUCUUGUUUAUGAAUUGAUGCAGAAUGGAUCUCUUGAAACACAAUUGCAUGGACCUUCUCAUGGAUCAGCUUUAACUUGGCAUAUCCGGAUGAAAAUUGCCCUAGAGGCAGCAAGAGGAUUAGAAUAUCUACAUGAACACUGUAAUCCUCCAGUGAUCCAUAGAGAUCUUAAGUCAUCAAAUAUUCUUUUGGAUUCCAACUUCAAUGCAAAGCUCUCUGAUUUUGGUCUUGCUGUAACUGCUGGGGCCCAAAACAAGAACAACAUUAAGCUUUCUGGCACUUUGGGUUAUGUAGCCCCAGAAUACCUUUUAGAUGGUAAACUGACAGAGAAAAGUGAUGUCUAUGCUUUUGGAGUUGUACUUUUAGAACUCCUAAUGGGAAGAAAGCCUGUGGAAAAGAUGGCACCAGCUCAAUGCCAAUCUAUUGUCACAUGGGCCAUGCCUCAGCUCACUGACAGAUCAAAGCUUCCAAACAUUGUUGAUCCCGUAAUCAGGAACACAAUGGAUCUGAAACACUUAUACCAAGUUGCUGCUGUAGCUGUUCUGUGUGUGCAACCAGAACCAAGUUACCGGCCAUUGAUAACAGAUGUACUGCACUCCCUCAUCCCUCUUGUUCCUGUUGAACUUGGGGGGGCACUGAGAGUUACAGAAUCUUCACAUCCAGUUGGCCCCAAACCCACUGCUAACUGAUUGUGCAAGUUGAACAUGAAAUUAUUAAGCAUGUUUCAUGGGGCAGCACCAUGUCAGGAUCUUCAGAUGCUUAGAGCACAGAUUGGCAAUUUCAUGAGUCUCAGUUGCUCAAAACAUGGUUGAUAAUAUUGCAUCUGCUGGAAUGUAAUCUUUCCAAGUAUUCCUGGUUAUUUGCUCGUGUGAUAAUUUUUCUUUGGAAAUGGGGAAGAUUGAAGUUGGUCCUGUAACAGAAGAAAGGUCUUGGCUCCUAUACAAAAUUGUAAAUUGAAGCAAAGUGAAUUAGUUGUUAAAUACCUUCCGGAAAUUACCUGUGCUGAUGAGUAACAAUAUCAAUAUUGAGCAAAUCUUACAUUUCUGCAAAUUCAGUUUUGAGAGCUGAAAUAA